AUGCACCGUUUGCUUCAUUGCAGGAAGCACGCAUCAGGGAUCGCCGUCUCAGCAGUAUCGACAAUUACGCCAUCUACUGCGGCGAUGGUUGAUGGAAGGAAAGUAGGAGGCUGUGCAAUAGCUGUCACGAGUGAUUACAACAACCUGGUCGAGGAGUUGAGAUCAACGUCGUCAAGAUGCGCCUUUGUACGAUUGCGGGAUCGCAGAGGACUCAAACUCUGGAUCGUAGGUGCUCACGCACUUGCGGAGACCGCAGAGGACCACAACAAGGACGCAUUUUAUGAUAAGCUCAAUACAUUGGUAUCCAACAUACCAAGCCAGCAGGUGGUAAUUGUUGGAAUUGAUGCGAAUACAAAGAUGGGACCUGAACAACAAUCCUAUGUGCUUUGA